AUGGGAGUCUUUGCAGGAAUACAGGGAGGGGCCCAGACCAUCAGGAAAACCGUCAGGAGAAGGAUCGCUGAGGUGCAGGAUGAGUAUGAAUUACCGUACACUACCUUGAUGUUCAUGAAUGGAGCUUCGUACCACUACCAGAACAACGGGACACAUAUACAGUGGAAGAACUUGACCAACGUGGACACGCAAGAUAUAAAUUUCAUGCAACACUCCGGAAUUUACAUGCCGUCAGGGAAAGAAACACACGGUGGCGAAGAUAUUCCGGCUUAUGCAAUUGGUCCAUGGGGACACUUGCUUAAUGGAGUGCAUCAUCUUCCAUAUUUGGGACACUUGACACAAUUUUCUGCUUGCAUCGGAGAGUACCUGGAUGAUUGCGAAGAGCGGUCAAAAGCCACUGAUGGGCUGGCUUAUUUGGGUGAAGUUCUGGAAGCAAAAUAUAACUCUUCCACCGUGAUGGGUUUGGGUUCUUUCCAAUUGCUGGACAAACUGGGGUAUGGAGUGAGCAAGACAUUGUCUGGUUACAUCCAAAAAUCCUCCACAAUGGAUCCAAUUCUGAUCCAAAAUCCUUCCAAAAGCAGUCCACAGCCCGUGUCAAGUUUGGCGAAAUCCGAUGAUGAAAUUUCGUCCACCGUUUAG